AUGGAAGACUUUGAUGCUCGUCUUUCACAUCUUUUACAAUGGAUCAAUUCUACACCACGUGACAACAAAUUGCCUCGAGAGUCGUACAUUUCUCCAAACCUUGCAGUUCAGGAUGUUGAAGGUUCAGGAAGAGGUGUUUACGCUAAAGAAAGUAUCAAACCACACAGCUUGAUCAUCAACAUUCCUCAUGCGUUUUUGUUGAAUUUUGUUACAGUUUUGAAUCAUAUUGCUAAAUACAACGGAAUGAAGCUUGAGCAUCAAUCAAGAGUUCCAUUGGAUACAAUUCAUGAUUCUUACACUAAAAUAUACCAAAAAUUAUCCAAGGAUGAAUUACUAAAGUUGUCAUCAUUUCAAUUAUUAUCAAUGUACAUAACCAUAGAAAGGAAACGAGAUACCUCUUAUUGGAAGCCAUUUAUUGACAUGCUACCCACUAUUAGUGAUUUUUCGUUAAUGCCUAUAAACUAUGAUGCUGAUACAUUAGAUUUGUUACCUAAAUCAACCAAAUCCCUACAUACAAAAGUACUACACAGAUUCAAUCACGAUUACCAAGUCAUACUUGAUCUAUUGGGCCCGAAGACUGAAGAUGUUUUGUCCGCUAUUCCUAAAGAGGAUUUUCUUCUUUCAUGGCUCAGUAUCAAUUCACGUUGCUUGUAUAUGAAACUCCCCACAAGUUCAAGUGCUCAGGACAAUUUCACAAUGGCACCUUAUAUUGAUUUCAUUAACCAUUCUCCUAAUGAUCAUUGCAAUUUGAAGAUUGACGGAAAGGGGUUUCAAGUAUUUACAACAUCGAGUUAUUCAGCUGAUGAGCAGUUAUACUUCAGCUAUGGUCCUCAUAGCAAUGACUUCUUGCUUACCGAGUACGGGUUUAUUGUACCGGAGAAUAAAUGGGAUGAUAUUGAUAUAUCAGAAGAUAUAUUAUCAUUGCUAAAGUCAAACCAAAAGGAAUUUUUGAAGCUGCACGACUACUUUGGCAAUUAUACUGUCAACAGAGAGGGUUUGUCUUUCCGUACCGAAGUAGCUCUUGCUACGUUACAAGAGUCGGCUCCUCAAGACUCAAGGCGGUUGAUUGCAUUGAUAAAUGGAAAUUUCGAUGGAUCUUCAUAUAAAGCCAUAUCAUUUAGAAUCAUUUCAGACCUUUUGGGAAAAGUAAUACACCAGGCGGAACAGUAUCAAUAUUUGCAAUACUCAGAUGAUCUAAAUCCUACACUAAUGGCGAGGAAAAGAACCAUUGGAACACUCUAUUGGAAUCGUAGACAACUUGCUCGUGAAGUCAUCGAUAGUCUAAAUCAACUAUAG